AUGAAUCCCGAAGAGAAGACUUCGGGAAGCAUCCAUACAUUAUCUCCAACAAUAAUACCACCUUCAUCAUCAUCAUCCAUUUCUCCUCAACCACCAACAGCAGUUUUCAAUGUAAAUAAUAAUAACAAUUCCCAUCAUGAAUUCAUCAUUGAGUCAUCAUCACCGUCCCAACAACAACUCGUGGUUUCAAUUCCAUCCCAUGCAACCCUUUCUAGCUCUUCAACUGCAUCUACUCCUUAUACCAUGUCAUCUCCUUCCCAAAUGCAUAACAAUCAUCAUUAUAACGGCAUCAUCCCAUCACCCUCUCGUAGUGGUAUUCAUCAUGGCCAGCAAAAUCAUCAUCAUGAACAACAUGAACCAUUCUUUUCAUUUGGUUCUUCAUCCUCUUUUCAUUCGGCAUCAACAGCAACCAUUCCGAAUCCGUACGACACUGUACCACCACCAAAUCAUUCUCAGCAGUCAAGGCUGACCGUAGACACUCACAUGAAUUCUUCAUUAGGGUAUCAACAGAGAAAUCCAGCAAUUCCUGUCGAGUCAUAUGACUCUGACCAUUUUCAAACAUUUCCAUCAGUUUCGAGUUUGGGAAGAUUGGUCAAUGGCACGAACAGUCCAAUAAAUCCCAAUGGCACUACUACGGGCACAUCAUCAGCUGUUACUGCUGGCACAAGUAGUGUGAAAACGCCAACACAAUCUUCACUCACACCUGGAAGCGUCUUGUCACUGAGAACUGUCAGUUCUUCUGUGUUUUCUCCUUCUUCACACAACGAAGAAUUGCGUUUUGAAAAUGCCAAUAAUAAUACCUCAAACAUGAACACCGCUCUUACCUCAAGUAGGAGUGGCAGAAAAUUGGACACAAAAGUCUCAGGAAUUUCCUCCUCAAUGGCAGCCUUUAAGGUUGACACAAAAAGCUCACAAUCACAGUUGACUAUUAAUAAUAGCCCUGUUAUUCCAGUGUCAAGCCCAGUCAAUGUUGAAUAUUACCAUCAUGCAGAGAGUAAGGAUGACUUUAGUUUACUUGCAGCCAAAGCACCUGAAUUUCAAGAAAUAACAUUGGACAACAAACCGAAUCAGAAUUUACUUUCGAAAGCAAAUGUUGAAGAGGACGACGCUGCAGCAAGUACAGAUGAAGAUGAAUCACAUAGGCCAUCCGUUGAAACAAGUAGGAGGAGUAUAGAAGUAUUAUUGGAAGACGAUUUGCACGCUGGAAAGCAUCAGGUCAAAACCGAAAAAUCAGAAAGAGAACACCUUUGGAGAGGUUAUACAAAAACAAACAUGUUCUUUUGUGUGUGGAAUUUGAUUAAUGAUGUCAUUAGUCCUGCCUCAGUUAGCGCUGGAUAUACUAUUGCUCAAGCAGGUUUAGGAGCAUAUAUUUUGAGCGUUCUUAUAUUUGGUGUUACAACAUUUUUCACACUCAUGCUGGUGUACGAUUUGGCACACAUGUUUAAAGUCACAAGCUUUCCGGCAUUAACGAAAAAAGCUUUGGGGACAGUAGGAUAUAUUAUCAUUUGCGUAUUUAUUUUUAUAUUUAACUUUGGAGCUGUAUGCUCUGAAUUAAUUGAAAUAUCUCAGGUUUUACCGGAUCUGUUAUACACAAUUAUUGGAUAUGAAUCAAUUUUCACAAAUAGAUAUGCUAUUUUGAUUUAUGUCACCAUUAUUUUGCUUCCCAUUGCAAGUAUGAAGCAAAUGUCAAGUUUUAAAUAUGCAUCCAUGAUUUCUGUUUCUUCCAUGAUAAUUAUUGCUCUUCUAAUUACUUAUGAAUGCAUCUUGGGAAGAAGAACUGUCAUGCGCAGCGAUACGGCCUUUAAUUUUAUUAGACCUCAAUAUUUGAGUGCAAUGGGAUCUUUAAGUUUUGUGUUUGUUUGUCAUGACAUAAGCUUUGAAAUUAUUGGAUCACUAAAAAACAGCACCAAGAAACGAUACAUGAUGGUGGUCUUCUUCAUGCUAACUAUGGCUAUUACAACACUUUUUUUGAUGGGCAUUUCCAGUUAUUUGAUUUUCUAUGAUACUAAUCUUCGAGACGCUAAUGUUUUGGACUUGUUUCCAAAGAAAUAUGCAAUGGCCAUCGUUUCCAGAUUGCUUGUGUGUGUUUCGUUGGGCUUUUCAAUAUGCUACAGCUCAUUCAUGCCUCGAUUUGCAAUCAUUACCGUUCUCAAAACGCUCAUGAAUCACAUGGCAGGUAUAAAGGAAAAGGAACAGGAGAUUGAACUCAAGAGUAACAGUAGCAGCAUUGAAGUCAUUGACUCUCGUCCAAGAUAUCUCAAAUUUUUCACAUCUAAAACUGGAAAAGAAGUUUUACAUUAUGGAGUCACGUUGAUUGUAGUUCUUUCCGCCUUCUCUAUUGCAAUGGCAGUUUCCAAUCUUGGUAUCAUUAUUGGCCUGACAGGAUCUAUCAGUGGCAACUCUAUGGCCUAUAUUCUCCCUUGCCUUAUCUACAUUAUUCUGGAGAAACGACACAGACAACAAAGACAAGUGAAAGAAAUUAUGAUUCACUCACGAUGGCUCACUCUUAAGCGAAUUGCUGCCUAUAUCGUGUUGGCCAUUGGUUGUGGUUUGCUCGUGUUGAGUUUGUCAAGUAUUACAUACUUUGAAAUUGUUGCAGAGGCAAAAUAA